CGGCCGGGCGCCGUUGCGCUGCCGGCGGCCCCGGUAAACGCGGCUCCCGAUCUCGGUGCUCCCGACGGCCUCCGAUAAACCCGUUUUUACUUCGGGGUGUAACGCGACGGCGCUGCGCGCUCCUCGUGGUGCCGGUAAGGCGGGCGCUUCCAUAGCGAUCCGCUGCUGUAUGAGGGCUGCGUGAGGAGCUGCUGGGUUUCACUCAGGCGUUUGGGGCACGGCUUUGCUGGCAGCGAAGGAGAAGGAUGUUUACCCAGUCAAGGUGGCAAUUUCAGUUUAUUGGAAGGCAGAGCGUUUAUCUGAAGAAGCGCGGGGCUGCGAUUGCUCAUCCCGGCACUUACGACUCACCUACAGACUUGGCUGCUGUCAGCGUGUCGGUGUGAAGCCGAGGUGCUGCAGCAAAACGUUUCCAUCCGAAGAACUCGAGGAUUUAAAUGAAACGUUUGUAUGAAUCUGUAGGAAGUCCCGGCUCAGGUCAGUGGAAGAGAACCCGCGUCCUCAACAGCGGGAGCGCUGCGUCCUCCCAUCUGCGCUGCGGACAUCGGAUCUGGCUCUGGAUUCUCAGCAGGGUUUCCCUACGCUGCAGACCCUCUCCUUCUCUCCUCGCCGUUCGUUGGUGUGUCCUUAACUCCAUCUCCUUGGUGCUCUCACAGCUGUUGGCUGCCCCAUCCGAAUGUGUGCCACAGCAGUCUGCCACUGGAGAGGGGAGAGAAAUCCACCUGCAAAAGGAACUGGUAAAUGGUGAUCGUUUCUGUGUAGGGAGCAAAAUGCAAUUUGCAUGGAUUGUAGCUGCCACAAUUUGUUUGUUGAUGUCCAUCACAGCAGAAGCAUGCAGUAAAGGAAAUGUGUCUGCCAGCAAACUUCCCCACGGUGUUGCAGAAAUAUGUGAAAAAGGAAACAUGACUGCUAACACUGCUGCUCACGUCCAGCCUGGAACCAACAUUACCCUCUCAUGCCAGCUAAAGCAACUGAAAUACAGCGAGCAGUGCAAGAUUGCUCUUUUCUUUAACAGUUCUGAACUGACUAGCAAUUAUGGCACUUCAGUAAGCAACACAUUUCCAGUCAAUACGUAUGGCAAACACAUGUUUACCUGCAAAAUAGAUUGUGAAUACAAGAAAAAACUCAUUUGUGGAAUUGAUAUAGAGUCUGGAAAUCCUCCAGAUCAGCCAAGAAAUGUGUCAUGUAUCCAGGAUGGGACGGAUGGCAACCUUACCUGCACCUGGGACAAAGGAAGGUUUACACACAUGAACACUACGUAUGUGAUACAGCUAUCAGAUGGGACUGACACCUCGUGCUUUUCAGAAGAAAGUCUGAGUAACAAGUUUGGCUGGCUGGUCCUGAGUACAAAGUUGAAUUUUGAAGCUACUUACAGACUUGUGGUUGUCGCCUCCAACAAGCUAGGAAGUGCUUUUUCUCAGCCACUUAAGUUCAUGCUAAUAGAUGUAGUGAAACCACAUCCUCCAAACUUUUUAGUGGAAUUUGAAAACUCUGCAACAAAUUGCACCUUGUUCUGGCACAGUGAAGUCCGAGGGCAGCACUGCAGAGUGAGAUACCGUCCAGUUAGCAGUUCCACCUGGAACAUGGUUGAAAAUUUAGAGAGUGAAAAAUGCAGCCUUCACGGUCUGGAGCCUCAUACAGAGUAUGAAUUUCAAGUGAGCUGUAAAAUUCAUCCUGAGAGGGGACUGUGGAGUAACUGGAGUGCAUUCCGAUCCCAGACUCCAGAAGCAGUGCCUACUGGGCUCUUAGAUGUCUGGUACAAAAAGCAGGAUAUAGACUCUCAAAUGCAGAACAUUUCUCUUUUUUGGAAGGCUCUGCAGAAGUCGGAGGCAAGAGGAAAAAUCCUGCAUUACACAGUGACCUUUGAAGCACUAAGCCAUGGGGAGCCCAAAGCAACAGAAACAAAUGCGACCACACAAACCAGUUACACCAAAGCUGCUCCAAAGAUGGACUACAAGAUAACAGUCACUGCUGAUAACUCGAGGGGAAGCUCACCUCCUGCAUCCAUCCUGACCAACCUGAGCAUCCAAGAUUUGCCCUCUCCUCGGAACGUCUCUGCUGUGGCGAUGGGAAAUAACAGCAUCUUGGUCAGCUGGAAACCUCCCAUUAAAUCCACUGCAUCCAUCAAUGGCUAUGUUGUGGAAUGGAUAAACACCCACAGGAAGAACAGCCUGGAGCCCCAUCCAAGCUGGAUAAGACUUGUUGCAUCCAACCUGUCUAUAGUGAUACCAGAGCACAUAGAAGAUAACGUGUGCUAUCACAUUAGUGUGUUUGCGCUGUAUCAGGACAGAGCUGGGCAAGCCAAAUCAGUGAGGGGAUACUCGAGAGAAAAAGCACCAUCAGCUGGGCCACAAGUGUCCACAAAGCCACAGACAAACGGCCUCUUGGUUUGGUGGGAAGAAAUCCCUUCCCACCAGCAGAUGGGCUGCAUCACACAGUACAAUAUAUACCUGCAAAAAAAGAACAGUAACGUGGAUCCUUACGUCUAUGCCAUUUGUAAUACAACAUCCCAGCAUUCGUUUUACAUCACAGAUCUACAGAGUGGGGAGUGUUAUGUCCUGUGGAUGACAGCACUGACAGAUGCUGGAGAAAGCCCCUGGGGAAACAGCGAGCUGGUCUGCUUGGAAAGUGCAGUGGACUGGAUUAUUGUGCUCACCUGCAGCUUCUUCAUACUCUCAGCCUGCAUUUGCUCCCUGCGUCCUGCAAGAAAACUAUCACUCUUGCUCUUUUCUGCCGCUGUACCUCAGUGGUACAACAAAGCCAUUCCAGAUCCAGCUAACGCUACAUGGGCUAAGAACGACAAGUCUAGGAAGCAGGGUGAGCUGAGCGUGCCUUCCAGUCUGCUCUUACACAACACCAGCAGUUUUGAAGAGCCUGAAACAACAGAAGUAGAGGAAAGCUUUGUGCAGACAGACAGGCUCAUCUUCAGCAGCAGCAGCAAUCGUGACUGGCAACUGAAAAGCAGCUUUGAGAAGCAGGAGUCGGAGUACAGGCCUCUACCCAGCACCACAGAUGGAGACGGUUACGAGCAUCAGCUUCCCGACUUGUACAAGAAGAUGGUGCUGGAAGUGACAGAGCAAACACAACCCGUUUCUGAGUACAUUGCUACUCCAAUUACUGACAGAGCUACAGCCUACCUGCCCUCAGCCAUCUCACCUCUUGUCACAGACACUACUGAAGAAGACCCUGAACUUGAGUAUAAUCCCAUCUCUGUCUUCCCAACAACUUUUUUGCCACCAGAAUUUUCCUACGGAGGGAAACUGAAUUUGGAUACGGUGAGACUGAACUGCAGCUCUUUCACAAGGUAGGCUGUCAGGGUGGCACAUCAGCCUGGCCCGGAUGUUUGCACUUUAGCCAAGUCCUGCAAUGUGUUUCGUUGCAGUUAGGACAGCAACUUGCACGUCACACCUUCAGGUAACACAACCCAACUCACAAACCUUUCCAGGUUCUAAGUCAUGCCUUACUUCACAGCGCAGCAGCUCUUCACCCAGAGCACGCUCAAGGUAGAAUUAAAGACAAAAGUCCAAAUUGCUGGGGCUGUCGGCAGGCUUCUCGAGAUUAAUUGCUCAGGCUGCCUGCAGAGAGCUAGAGCUGCCUCAGGUUCCUGCCCCCCUGCCUGAACACAAGGCUGGUUUGAACUCCACCAGACAAGCUAAAAAUCAUCCAAAAUAUUGCUCGUCCAGGAACAGCAAGGAUGUAUUUCAGUAAGGUCAGACCUCAGCAGCUGACCAGGUCAUGGUUGCACUGCGCUCCAGCUGCACACAGCAGGUCAGAAAUGCGACAUCUGAGAAUCUUUUGCCAAGCCGACAUGCUCAGUAUCCAGCAGACAGCAUUCCUCACUACUGCCUUCAUACAGACACACCUUUCAGCCCCACUGACAAUGGUGCUACAGCCCCACGAGGGCACUGAAGGAUCCCUAACUUGAUUGAACUUUUCAGCCCUGCUGCAAAACCAGUCAGAGCAAACCUGCCUUCAGGGCUCAGCACAGAAGGGAUCCUCACCAGAAAUAAAGAAGCAGGCACCAUGUGCACACAGUAAGUCAGAUGGGCUGCUGAGAAUUUUAAUGAUUUAUUGAAGUAUUCUAAUUACAGGCUUGAAGUAUGUGUUACACAUUUAAUGACUUUGUUUACUACGUGCGUAUAUUAUUUAUAAAUAGAAUGUUGGAAACCUGAAAUUUGGUUGUUGUUGUU